GGCGGCGGGGCGAGCGCAUCCCCACGGCCAGGCCAGGCGGAGCCGGCGGCGGCUCGGGCCCAAAAAUCUCAGCACUCCGCUCUCCCCCUCCCACUCAGGCUGCAUGGUCCGUCCCUGGAAAUGGGAUGUCAGUCCCAUUCAGGGAUCUUAAAAGAAGCCAGACCUUUCCUUUGCGCUGGCUGUUGUUGUCGGCUUGACCACAAGUGAGACGCAGACGCAGGAGAAAAUGUCCACCAUCACAUCUGCGAUCCAGGCGCCCCAGGGCCCUGUCAACCCUCCUCCCCCAGAGUUCACCAACCCCAACAAACCCGGAAGGAAGACCAACCAGCUGCAAUACAUGCAAAAUGUUGUGGUGAAGACUCUGUGGAAGCAUCAGUUUGCAUGGCCCUUCUACCAACCAGUGGAUGCAAUUAAGUUGAAUUUGCCAGAUUAUCACAAAAUAAUCAAAAACCCAAUGGACAUGGGCACGAUCAAGAAGCGGCUGGAACACAAUUACUACUGGAGUGCCAGUGAAUGUAUGCAAGAUUUCAACACCAUGUUUACAAAUUGUUACAUUUACAACAAGCCCACCGAUGACAUCGUCCUCAUGGCUCAAGCCCUGGAGAAGAUCUUCUUGCAGAAAGUGGCCCAGAUGCCUCAAGAGGAAGUCGAACUGUUACCUCCUGUUCCAAAAGGCAAAGCUCGGAAGUCGGCUGCCAGCGCGCACAGUGCAGGAGCGCAGCACACCGCAGCUGUGUCUUCUGUGUCCCCGCCGGCCCCCUUCCAGAGCGUUCCUCCCUCGGUCUCGCAGACGCCAGUCAUUGCCGCCACGCCUGUGCCAACCAUCACCGCAAACGUCGCCCCCAUCGCCACUCCCCCUGCUGCUGCACCCCCUCCGCCUCCACCUCCUGCCGCUCCCAUCAUGCCAGUAGUUCCUCCAGCGCCACCUAUUGUCAAGAAGAAGGGAGUGAAGCGGAAAGCAGACACAACCACGCCCACCACGUCGGCCAUUACUGCCAGCCGGAGCGAGUCACCCACCCCACUGUCGGACCCCAAGCAGGCAAAAGUAGUGGCUCGGCGGGAAAGUGGGGGCCGGCCCAUCAAACCACCAAAGAAAGACCUGGAAGAUGGGGAGGUCCCCCAGCACGCGGGCAAGAAAGGCAAGCUCUCGGAACACCUGAAAUACUGUGACAGCAUCCUUAAGGAGAUGCUGUCGAAGAAGCAUGCCGCUUACGCCUGGCCCUUCUACAAGCCCGUGGAUGCCGAGGCCCUGGAGCUGCACGACUACCAUGACAUUAUCAAGCACCCGAUGGAUCUCAGCACUGUGAAAAAAAAAAUGGACAGCCGGGAAUACCAAGAUGCCCAGGGGUUUGCGGCGGAUAUUCGGUUAAUGUUCUCUAAUUGUUACAAGUACAAUCCUCCCGACCAUGAAGUUGUGGCCAUGGCCAGGAAGCUUCAGGACGUCUUCGAGAUGAGAUUUGCCAAGAUGCCGGAUGAGCCGGCAGAGCCUCCCCUGCCGCCGCCUCCAGCAGCGCCCGUGGUGAGCAAAAGCACAGAGAGCAGCCACAGCAGCGAGGAGAGUUCCUCGGACUCCGACAGCUCCGACUCGGAGGAGGAGAGGGCCACGCGCCUGGCGGAGCUCCAGGAGCAGGAUUGUUCCCGAUCUUUGAGGCAGUGCUACAAGGUCAAUGACUCCCGAGACUGGAAUGGAUGGAAUCUGAAGGCCGUCCAUGAGCAGUUGGCUGCCCUGUCCCAAGCUCCCGUGAACAAACCAAAGAAAAAGAAAGAGAAGAAGGAGAAGGAGAAGAAGAAGAAGGACAAAGAGAAGGAGAAGGAGAAAGAGAAGCACAAAGCAAAAGCGGAGGAAGAGAAGAAGGCCAAGGUGGCCCAGCCGGCAAAGCAGGUGCAGCAGAAGAAGGCUCCAGCCAAGAAGGCCAACAGCCUUCCCGUGGUGAACAGGCAGCAGAAGAAAGGAGGCAAGCAAGCGUCAGCGACUUAUGAUUCAGACGAGGAAGAGGAGGGCCUGCCCAUGACCUAUGACGAAAAGCGACAGCUCAGUUUGGACAUCAACCGCUUGCCCGGGGAGAAGCUGGGCCGGGUGGUGCACAUAAUCCAGUCACGGGAACCCUCACUCAGAGACUCCAAUCCUGACGAGAUCGAAAUAGAUUUUGAAACCUUGAAGCCCACGACGUUACGAGAACUGGAAAGAUACGUCAAGUCUUGUUUACAGAAAAAGCAAAGGAAACCAUUUGUCUCAGCAAUUGUGCGUUCCUCCUCCACAGCUGCAAGUGGGAAGAAGCAAGCAGCGAAAUCCAAGGAAGAGCUCGCUCAGGAGAAGAAGAAGGAGCUGGAGAAACGCUUGCAGGAUGUGAGUGGGCAGCUGAACAACAACAAGAAGCCCGCCAAGAAAGAAAAAUCCGGCUCUGCCCCCUCCGGAGGCCCUUCCCGCCUCAGCAGCAGCAGCUCCUCGGAAUCAGGGAGUAGCAGCUCCAGCGGAUCCAGUUCAGACAGUAGCGACUCGGAGUAAGCUACGGACACUUUUAACCUGCCUGGACAGAAAAUGGACAUCUCGUUCACACACACACCCCGUCACUCUGCGGCGUUCCCUUCUGUUCUCGGUUUUUUUAAUGGUCUGCUUUGUCCUGUCACUUUGCUCUUUUUAAGCAUUUUUUUAAAAAAUUCAGUGUUAUAAAACAGAUACUUUCCAAAAUUAAUUUUUUCCCACUUUUCUUAGGUCAAAGAUCUUUGCGUGUGUGUGAUUAGACUUUACGAUGAGUAAUUUGCUUUGCUUAAAGUCUCUAAACAUUUUAAUGGAAUGUGAAUUUGCUCAGCAAUGAGGAGAUGUGGACGCUCCCAAUGAGAGACCAUAAAAAACCAGUGUAAUAUAUGGGGGGAGGGGUGUUUUGGUAAAUUCUUUUUGUCCUGGGAAAUUCCUUCUUAAUGCAGCCCGAGACUGGUUCAUCUCUAUGACAACAUAAGGUGGAGGGGGGGGGGCUCUCUGUAAAAUGGUACUGUAUCCAGAAAAUGUUAGCUUUUGAAGUAGUCAAUGUAUUUGUUCUUAGCACUAGUACUCCUAACUUCCAGGGACCUGAUGCACCAUUCUAGUGCUCAUGCACAGAUCGUGCGAGAGAACUACCUAGUGGAUUUGGCCCCAAGUCUACAUUGUGCUGAAGAUCAUCAUCCUUUUUUAUGUAUAAGAGGGAAGAAAAAGAAAGCUUAUGUACUGUGGAUUGUUAAAAAUGUAUCUUUUUAGAUAUUUCUUUUAUCCUUUUUUAAAAAAUGAUACCGAGGUUCAGGCUUCUGUUUUGAAGGCUCUCAAGAGGUUGCCUAGCAGAUUAAAACUGGGGUGUGGAAUCCUGGUUCUUGGAAACUCAAGGCAGGGUGGACGGGAUCUGGGCACAUCACGUGUACCGUGGGGCUGGGGACAGGGUGUGAUGCUCCUUGUGUGUGGUAAAACAGGGAAUGUUCCUGGAGGGCUGGGGAGCUCCACACUACAUGCACAAGAGCGUUCUCACAUUUCAGAAGUAAGAGGAGGACAGUCUGUCUCUCACGCGGCCCCUGGCGUAUCCUCUUCCCCUUCAGGUAAUCUACAUUCGGGGGGUGGGGAAUAUCACCCAGGGACCCUCCCAGUCUCCCCACCAAUGGUCAGGUAUUGUAAGAACCUUCUUAUGUUGAACAGGAUUUUGUGUCAAGUUGCCUGGAUCUCUCCGUGGUGUGGGCCUCCUUGCUCAGAUCUUGUUUCCCUUUUUGGAAGGGGAAGAAUAAUGAGGUCUGGCAUCACUGUGAAGCAUCUCACUAAUGCACAGCAUGCUGAUGAGGGGUGGGGUGCGUGGUUCCUCCAUCGUGCAAAGAGGUGGGUAAUGUGUGAACCGGGAUCAUAUUCCUAGGAACACUGAGGUCCUUCGAAGCUUACUGGGGGCUCCUCAAGAAGCUCCAUAAUGCCAGGUAAGUUUCCUCACAAGAAAACUGGUCCCAUCUGGUUGUGACAUGACGGCUUCUUCCUGGCUAAGACAGAAACAUCCUGCUCGAGAGACGCGUAGUGGCUGGAGUGGAGUG